AUGCAGAAAUUUGAUUUAGAACUUUCAAAAAGGGCAAACCCUUUACUUUUCUGUCCGGAGCGAUACGAAGAAUAUCCAUUAAAAUAUGAUGAACUAAAGCAGUACCUUCUUUCACAAAACCCCUCGCAUCCCCAUCAUAACAAUAGACCAUACACUUCUAUCGAUUACUUUGACUAUCUUCUAUAUAGAAGUGAAAAUGACGAUUCGGAAAUUGACCUUGAUAAAAAGCUGGUGUCUGAAUUUGCCUUAUAUUGCGUUCAAAAAAAAUACUCAAACUCUAGCGACCUGAACCCAACACUUAAUGAGUUGUUGAAACUGCAACCGGACUCUACGGAAUGGUAUGAAACGAUGCUGAAAAUCCUGGAAUCUAUCAACACCACAGGGAUAAACCAACUGACCAAAGAGAAUAAUAAUAUUUUUCCAACUUCUAAAAGAGCCAGGUCUUCCACCAACAUGGGCGCUGCGGACAAAUUCAUUAACGGUUCUAACAAUUCUGGCGAUGCUAAUGAUGAGGCAAACGAAAUUCUUCAAGAAUUGACCUCCUUCUUGAUGUCAAACUCCAUUCAAAAGGGUAUUGAUAUCAAACCUAUUCCAUUAGAUGACCCUGUGAACUUCUUGAAAAAUGGAAUAAAUUCGAUUUUAGACACCUGUGUUAGCCUAGAAAGGAACACGUCGUCACCAUCCACCUCACACAGCGGUUCUGCAAUUCAAGAGGAAGACUCUUCCAAGAAAUUAGAAGGGCUGGAGACGGCAUUCAAGGAUUUGCAACUGGCCCAUAAUUUUUUGACUAAGCAAUUUGAAAGCGAUCGUGCCGAAUACGUGCAAGACAUUGAAAAACUUACGCGAACUAACAGAGAACUACAAGAUAAGCUACUAAAUAAUCAUUCUAGUUUGAAUAAAACUGAGAAAAAGCUGUUUGACUUGGAACAGAAAAACAAAGAACUAGAAAAGGCAAAUAACAAGUUAAAUUCGCAUAAACAUGUUUUUAGUGUAUCGUCGCCGGUGAGUUCACCGGCUACCUGGGAUCCGAGUUCACCAUCUUCCAUAGGAAGCCCUACAAGUGGUUCUGGGUCGCGUUCACUUUCAAUCAUGUCAGGCGAAUUCAAAAAAGUGCUAACGAGUACACAAAGGAAAUAUGAAAAGGAGUUGUCCGAUGAACGAAAACAUAGAUACAAGCUGGAAAGGGAGUUAGCCCUGCUGAAAAGCGAAAACGUGAAGACCCCAUCCGCACGCAAUAAUGACGAUCGAUCAGGUAUGUUAUGA